AACUAGUCAGAUGACUUUGAGAACCUGGGAGCAGGAGCCAAGAAGGGAGAAGAGAAGACAGGCAAACAGAAGAACGGGCUGGAGGCUGGACAGGCUGUUGGAUUCAGAGCUGUGACAUGAAGUUGCUACCCAGAUGGACAGCGGUGAUGACUGUGGGUCCUCCAGGCAGGGCCUGGCCGUGGGCACAGCGACCCAGAGGAACUGCUCACACCUGUGCCCCAAAGAUGAAGGCCCGGACACAGCAUGAGUCUGUGGGCUCAGCAGGGACCUCCACAAGGGACCCCACAGCGUCUCUGCCCACAGAGCCCAAGUUUGACAUGUUGUACAAAAUUGAGGACGUGCCGCCCUGGUACCUGUGCCUCCUGCUGGGCUUCCAGCAUUACCUGACCUGCUUCAGUGGCACCAUCGCUGUGCCCUUCCUCCUGGCUGAGGCGCUGUGUGUGGGCCGUGACCAGCACAUGGUCAGUCAGCUCAUUGGCACCAUCUUCACCUGUGUGGGCAUCACCACCCUCAUCCAGACUACAGUGGGCAUCCGGUUGCCGCUGUUCCAGGCCAGUGCCUUUGCAUUUCUUGUCCCAGCCAAAGCCAUCCUGGCCCUGGAGAAAUGGAAAUGUCCCCAGGAAGAGGAGAUCUAUGGUAACUGGAGUCUGCCCCUGAAUACCUCUCAUAUCUGGCAUCCACGGAUAAGAGAGGUCCAGGGUGCAAUCAUGGUGUCCAGUAUGGUGGAGGUGGUGAUUGGGCUGAUGGGGCUGCCUGGGGCUCUGCUCAGUUACAUUGGGCCUCUUACAGUCACCCCCACUGUCUCCCUUAUUGGUCUCUCUGUUUUCCAAGCUGCUGGCGACCGAGCUGGCUCACACUGGGGUAUUUCAGCUUGCUCCAUUCUCCUGAUCGUCCUCUUCUCCCAAUAUCUGCGAAACCUCACCUUCCUGCUGCCUAUCUACCGCUGGGGCAAGGGCCUCACUCUCUUCCGCAUCCAGAUCUUCAAGAUGUUUCCCAUCGUGAUGGCCAUCAUGACUGUGUGGCUGCUCUGCUAUGUCCUGACCCUGACGGACGUGCUGCCCUCAGACCCCACAGCCUAUGGCUUCCAGGCACGAACAGAUGCCCGAGGGGACAUAAUGGCUAUCGCACCCUGGAUUCGCAUCCCGUACCCCUGUCAGUGGGGGCUUCCCACAGUGACUGCAGCUGCUGUUCUGGGAAUGUUUAGUGCCACAUUAGCAGGCAUCAUUGAGUCCAUCGGAGAUUACUACGCUUGUGCUCGCCUGGCUGGUGCGCCACCCCCUCCAGUUCAUGCUAUCAACAGGGGUAUCUUUACCGAAGGCAUCUGCUGCAUUAUCGCAGGGCUGUUGGGCACGGGCAACGGGUCUACCUCAUCCAGCCCCAAUAUCGGUGUCCUGGGAAUUACCAAGGUGGGCAGCCGGCGUGUGGUGCAGUACGGUGCAGGCAUCAUGCUGGUCCUGGGCACCAUUGGCAAGUUCACAGCUCUCUUCGCCUCUCUCCCUGACCCCAUCCUGGGGGGCAUGUUCUGCACCCUCUUCGGCAUGAUUACGGCUGUGGGGCUGUCCAACUUACAGUUCGUGGACAUGAAUUCCUCCCGCAACCUCUUCGUGCUUGGAUUUUCCAUGUUCUUCGGGCUCAUGCUGCCCAAUUACCUGGAGUCCAACCCGGAUGCCAUCAACACAGGCAUUCCUGAAGUGGACCAGAUUCUGACUGUGCUGCUGACCACGGAGAUGUUCGUGGGUGGGUGCCUUGCUUUCAUACUGGACAACACAGUGCCAGGGAGCCCAGAAGAACGAGGUCUGAUACAGUGGAAAGCUGGGGCCCAUGCCAACAGUGAGAUUUCUACCAGCCUCAAGAGCUAUGACUUUCCCAUUGGGAUGAACAAAGUAAAAAGAACUGCCUUUCUGAAAUACAUUCCUAUCUGCCCAGUCUUCAAAGGAUUUUCUUCAAGGUCAGGAGACCAGCUUCCAGUUCCAGAAGGUUCUCCAGAAAAUACAGAAACUGGGUCUGUGUGCACCAAGGUCUGAAAAAUUACUCCCAGGAAAGGAAGCAUGGUAUACAACAGGAAAAGAAAACUACACGGGGAGUCAGAAGACCUAAGUUGGCAUCCCAGCUCUGCUGACUAACUUCCCAUGUAGGCCUGGAUAAGUCACUUUCUCUGGUACUCUGUUUUUGUAUCAGUUAAGGAAAGAAUGGGUCAGAGCCUCUAAGAGCUUUUAGAGACUUGUACCACCAUUACUCUAUACUUCCAAAUCUUUACUUUCCUAAGCAGACUUGUCACCAUAAAGGGAAUAGCUGGAAAUUUUCCUGUACAACAUCUUUGAAUGCAAGCUAAUAAAGACGGAAAGAAACCAGGAUGCAUUACAGGGCCUGAAAUGUAGGCAUGCUGGCAGGCUUUUAGAUUGAAUCUGAACCCUCUAUGUCACUUACUUCAAGACCAAAGCAUAUUAAACAACAUGUUGGAACAAUAA